AUGAACAGUGAGGAAUUGCUCGCUCAAUUAAUGGAUAGCAAAAAGAAGGCUCGUCCUCGGUUAGGCUCCGUUAAAAUGGAUACAACCACCACUUCGGAGAGCAUGAUGAUGAAGGGAGGAGCAGGAAUGAGCGGUGGAGUGAAUGUUGUUCAGGAACAUUCCAAACAUUUGAAAUUGACACCCAAGGACAUGAAAAUUCUCCUGGCUAACUUUAAGAAGAAGAGUGAUAGUAAGGGUCGAAUCAAUCGAGAACAAUUUGAGGAAGUGAUCCGAUCAACGCUCUCCUCCUCUCUUGAUCAUCAUGCGCUCACUUCAGUGAAUAAGAUUUUCGAUGUUUUCGACAGCGAGAAGUCAGGACAUGUUGACUUUGUAGAACUCUCCACUGGUUUGAGUAAUACCUUGUACACAGACAAGAAGGAGCUUUUGAAAUUCGUGUACAGCUUGAUUGAUAUCAACAAUGAUGGAACGGUCGAAAAGAGUGAACUAUUGUCUUUCUUUAAGAAAUUCUAUCUCGGUCAAGCUAAGAUGAAUGGUUACAGGCUCUCACAUGAUAGGUGGCAUACGUUGGAGCAACAUCUUUCUCUUGCUUUCGAUCGAAUGGAUCUGGAUGGAAGUGGAGCCAUCGACUAUGAAGAAUUUAUUGUGGCUGUCAACGAUCCAGACUCUGCCCUAGGUUAUGCCUUUUAUAACUGCAUGAAAUUUUAA